AUGGUCCCGGCUCGGAACCUGCAGCCGCUCCUCCGCGACGAGCAUGCCACGCCCUGCGCCGCCGCCGCCGCUGCAGGCCUCGGCGUGACGCCGACGGCUUCGAGCCACAUGGCACAGGAACCCAUCGACAAGCACCACAGCGAGCCGACCAAGCCGCCGCCGCCUCCGCCGCCGCAAGAGAGGCAGGAGGCGGACCAAGACACGCGCCACCACGCUCACGCCCACGGGGAGCAGCAGCAGCAGCUCACGCUGCGGCCGCUCCAGCCCGCCGGCAGCAGCCACCAGGAGGUCGCGGGUACCAGCGGGAGCAGCAGCGGCGGGAGCAGCGGCAACGGCGGGGCCGGGGACUGGCUCCGGCUCAGCCUCGCCCCGGCGUCCCCCGGCUCCGCCGCCGGAACGCAGCCCGGUGUCGUCUUCGCACCAGACCACGCGGCGGGGGCGGCGCCGUCGCCGCCGCCGCUACUGCUGUCGUCGCAACCGCAGCCGCGGACGACGACGACGGCGGAGGCGCUACCGGUCAUGGGCAUGGGCGUGCCACCGGGGCCCUUCCUGCACCAGGCCGCGCCCGGCAUUCCGCAGGCGUCGAUAGCCCUGCCCGUGCCGCGCGCCGGGCCGCCCUGGCUGCCGCCGUGGAGCCCCUCCGCGGUGGCGACACCGCCGCCGUCGCUGAUCCCCUUCGGGUUCGGGCACCGCGCGUUCUACACGCCCGCCGCCGGCCUCGACAUGAUCAGGGUCGUCCUGCCGCCGUUCGCCGUCGCCGCGGCCGCCGGCGUCUGGUUCGCGCUCCAGGCCGCGCCGCACCAAGGGAGGGAGCCAUUCUUGCCUCAGAUUCCGAGAAGCUACCUACGGAUCAAGGACGGAAGGGUGACAGUCAGGCUGCUGAUCAAGUACCUGGCCGGCAAACUUGGAUUGGAAGACGAAUCAGAGGUGGAGAUCACGUGCCGAGGGCGACAGCUCCCCGCGUUCCUGACCCUGCAGCAUGUCCGGGACGGCAUAUGGUGCCAGGGCGACGCUGCCGCCUCGCCGUCGGUGGUGCCGGACAUGUCAUCAGCUAACCACCUCAUGGUUUUGCAGUACGGCAGAAGACCCUAG